CCAGGAGGGUGGCCCUGCCAAGAACAAGAGAUGAUGAGCCUCCCCAGACCCAGGCGGGGCGACCAGCUGCUGUUCCUGUGCAUUAUGGUCCUCACGGUCCUGGCCAUCUUCCUGCUGUUCUACGCUCUCCUCUGGCAGGCGGGCGACCUCAUCAACUUGCCCAACCUGAGAAUCGGCUUUUACAACUUCUGCCUGUGGAACGAGAGUGCGGGCCGCCUGCAGUGCCACCAGUUCCCUGAGCUGGAGUCCCUGGGGCUGCCUUGGGGCACCCUGUCCCUGGCCAGGCUCGGCGUGUACGGGGCCCUGGUCCUCACCCUCUUUGUCCCCCUGUCUCUGCUCCUGGCCCGCUGCCACAGGAGCGAGGGUGAGUGGCAUCUGGCAGUGUGCUUCCUCGCGAUGGCCUCCAUGCUGCUGGCCGGGGGCCUGGGCCUCUUCCUCACCUACACCUGGAAGUGGAUCACGCCCUCCCUCCUGGGGCCUGGAUUUCUAGCUCUGGCCGCUGCCCAGGCCUUGCUGGUCCUCUUGCUUAUGGCCACAGUCAUGUUCCCCCAAAAGGCAGAAGAUGACAAGAGCAAGCAGAAGAGACACUAG